GAUGAAGCUCCGGACACGUGACGGUCGGUAUCGCCGGUAGAUCCGGAGUUAAAAGCGAACUACUACUAAUUAAGUCUUUUAAUGCCUUCUCUUCCCGUGUCAGAUCAUAUCCUAUCCAUCCUUUUCCCACUCCAUGGUUUUUUAAUCUUCUGGGGGGAGUAUACCACGUCUCUCCUCCAUUGAAACCAUGCGGCUAUGUUUAAGAAACCUCAAGUCCUCUACUGUGGCGGGUUACAGUUACUGAAUCUGUCAUCGUUAUGCCCCUCAUCGCCACUUUCUUAUCCGUGCCUCUGGCAGUCCUCUCCGCUCCGGAGCUAUGCCACUGCUCAUAGUUCCCGCGACGAUGACCUGUCCUGGCCAUCGAGUACUUCUUUUACUCCUUACGAUGUGUUCAAGCAAGACCGAAAUGCUCCGUACUCAAAGAACCGAUUUUAUGAAUUGGUCAAGGUCUACCACCCGGAUCGACCGUGCAACGACCAUCCAUUAUGCCGAGAUAUCUCACCCGAAGUGAGGAUUCAGAGGUAUCAUAUUGUAGUAGCAGCCCAUGAGCUUCUCUCCGACCCAUCCCGGCGGGCAGCUUAUGACCUGUCCGGCGCUGGAUGGAACCUCAACCCGCAAGACUCACACCCCCCCUGGGCUAGGCCAGGCUCUAGUGACUGGAGCCCAAUUUAUGCCAAUGCGACUUGGGAAGACUGGGAGCGCUGGCAGAACCGUUAUAACGGAAAGCAGCAAACUAUGGUUGACCAUCGUACCUUUGCAAAAAUGAUUAUCCUUUUGACUCUGUUAGGGGGUGCACUUGAAGCAUCCUGGAUUAAUCAGCUGAGUAUUGGACAUGAAGAUCGACUCCAGCAACUUAACGAGGAGACCAUGCGGCUCUUGUCAGGUCGUCGGGAGAAUACUGUGAAGCAAAUGGUAUCUUCCGAAGCCAAAGUUCAACACUUCCUAAUGCGGAGAGAUCCCACUGGGGUCGGGUUAAAAGACGGAGAACAGCAGGUCUAUCAGAAGGUUCUCUAUUCUCAACAGUCCGACUCUGAACAACAAACCGGGCCGGUCAAGUCUCAGGAAAAGACAACCUCGGAGGUCAAGGGAGGUUGAUCAGACUGCUUAAACUGUUUUAUACCGUGGCUAUUCGCAAUGAUAUUCUAGUAUGUAUGCCGGGGACAAGAAUCUACACGUAAUUCUUGUUAUACUUGAGAUGGUCUAUAGUUGAAUAUAUUAGUCUUGAAGAGUUUGGAUAAGUGAUCCGAUUAAGGUUGCCUUUCGGUUGGACCCAUACCUAACAAUAAGAAUUAAAUGCCGGAAGAGUA